AUGGAUCAAGAGGGAAUAUCAAGACUGAAAGAACAUACGACUCAUACAAGUGAGAAGCGGUCUAAAUGCGAAAUAUCCAAGAAAGAUUUCGCUGCGUCAUCAAGUCUGCGUACACAAACGAGGAUUCAUAUCGAAAAUAUGAGAAGUCACAUGAAGAUUCAUGACAAUAGAGAUUCAACUGCACCGUAUGCAAUAAAGGAAAUCCUAUUUGAAAUCACACAUGAAGAAUCACAUGAUGGGCUGAUAGACGCAUUUUAAACCGAAAUAUGCAUUGUCAUUUUGUUAUAUUUUCUAUAAGGUAAAUUCAUUUUUCCUUAUUGUAUUAGCAUUCUAUUGCUUUAUAUGUAUAUUAGUAUUGUUCCUCUAAGACUUAUUUAAUAUUUCUCUUAUCUUAGUGAAUAAAAUUUCCCG